AUGCGUCACUGGUCCGAGAGGAUGAGCCCCAACUUCGGCAUGGGUCGUCCCAACAUGCCCAUGAACAACAACAACCUGAACUCGCACCCAAAGAAUGCACCACAACUGGGCGGUCCCAUGAACGUGGUCCAACCCGCCGAUGCCACGAUCCACUACUCGUUCAACGUCCCCCUCGCCUCCGACCUCGCCGGUCCCAACACGGAGGACAUCGUGCACGCCACCACCGACGCCGUCCUCCGCUGGACCCAUCCCGAAGACGCUCCGGACGACGUCCAGGUGCACGAGCUGCCCGUCCAUGCCCAGAAUCUGACACACCUGCGUCAGCUGUGCGCCGACCUCUGUCUCGGUCCUCUACCCAUCGAUGCUCACGUGCUGUCGACGUCACCCAAGAACGGCAGGGGCCAGCAGGUCACCACCGUCUGUCUGACGGGCACCCCUGAGCUGGUGAACAAGAGCCGGGAAACCAUACUGAACGAGAUUCCCAUCUCCAUGCGGUGCACUACCAUCGACAUUGAUGGAAACUUGGUCUGCGAUGUCCAAGCCGGCGCUCUCAAGAAGCCCGUUGUGGAGACGCUCGACUACAUCUCGAGCUUUUGCGGCGUCGACAUCUUCUUGCUCGGCCCGAAGCUGACGCCCAUGGUGGAUGGCAUGACGGGCGACUCGGAGAUGCGCAUGGACCAGCGAUGGAGAGUGGCCAUCUACGGCGACAUGCUGUCGUCGGAGCAUGCCAAGGCCCGCGUUCUGAUCCACAUCGACACGCUGCUCGGCCGCAUCGUCGACAUCGUCAAGGUCGAACUACCCCUCCACCAGAUUAUCUGUGGCCGUCACCGGAAAAACAUCAAGCUCAUCGAGUCGUCGACGGGCACCGCCAUCUACUUCCCUCCCCUGUUUUCGCAGAUGUAUCUCUACUGUCCCCAGAAUGCCAAUCGUCGAGACCCGUCCGACAUCUUCAUCACCGGCGACAGCCCGCAGGCCGUCGACAUGGCGAAGCAGAAGCUUCACGAAACCGUCCUGCGGACCCGGCUCUACCUCAAGGAUGUCACCAUUCCGGCUGCCAAGAUUGACAGCAUCCUCUUGGGCAGGCUGGACAAGGUGCGAAAGAUUCUCGAGGCCAACGGCACAUACAUCAUGUUUCCCCCCCUGGCUUCUCAGCGCACCAUGGUCCGCGUUCAGGGCAGCGAGGGGCUUCCCGUCGAGCGCACCGUGCGGGAGCUCAUGUCUUUGGCCGGUCAAUUCUACGCUGCCGGGUGGUACACGCAACUGCCCGACCAGAGGCAGAUUCCCAACCUCGACGAGACCAAGACGAUGCUGGGCGAGAUUUGUGCCAAUUCGGAUGCCGACAUUUCGUUUGACAAGAUGAACUUCUCCGUCUCCGGCUCGGAUGACGCCGUCAAGUCGGCCUUGAGCGUCAUAUCCGACCUUCGAUUGGUGACGCAGGCUUCAUGCCAGAUUCGCGUCAAGAUUGAGCUUGCCAACGAGCACAAGGAAUUUGUUAGCGGCAAGAAGAAUGGCAAGAUCAACAAGAUUAUGGGUCAGAGCAACGUCCAGAUCAUAUUUGACGGCUUCAACGAGUACAACUUCAACAUCGACGUGAUGGCGGCCAGCUACGACUCGAUGAAGCAGGGUCUCGCCUUGGUCGAGCAGGAGAUGCCGGCGUCCAUCUCGUUUCACGUACCCGACCAGUAUCACAAACGCAUCAUUGGUAUUGGUGGCCAGCACAUCCAGCGAAUCAUGAAGAAGCAUUCCGUCUUUGUCAAGUUUUCCAACGCCAUGGAUAGAGGAGGCAUGUGCCGAGAGGAUGACGACAUCAAGGUUGACAACGUUAUUUGCCGCACGCCUGCUCGCAACGCGCAAAAUCUGGACGCCGUCAAGAAUGAGAUCCUAGAGAUGGUGGAUCGUGCGGACUCCGAGUACACCUCGCAGGUUGCCAGCGUCGAUCGCCUCUAUCACCGCGAGCUCAUUGCGCGUCUGCCCCAGAUUGAUGAGCUGGAGCAAAAGUACAACUGCAAGAUCAACUUUCCCAGCACCGAGGAGGCGAGCGACGAAGUCACGGUCACCGGCCCGCAGUGGCAGGUGCCCCAUUGCGUGGACGAGUUUUUGGGCAUGGUCCCCGACAAGCACGAGCUUGUGCUGGCCCAGACGGUGGAGCUUGCGAAGUUCCUUGAAUCGCCCGACUUCGCCAACGAACUCGUCGUCAAGCUCAAGGCUCAGUACGAAGUCGAGGUCACCGUCCGCCAGACGUCUGACGACGUCGUUGAGGACGGCAAGUCGACCGUCACGCUCGUGUGGGGCUUCACUCGCAACAAUGCCGGCGGGCUUCGAGAUGCCAUCGACUUUGUCCAGGCGCAGCUUGCGGCGGGUGGUGUCGAGGCCAACAUCGUCAACGGAGCCAUUCCGCGUCCAAAGUCGGACUCGUUCGAAGACUCGCUGCCCUAUUUCGACUCGAAGCUGCUCCAGCACGCCCCGGCUUCGCUUGUCGUCGACUCGCCCAUCAAGGCCGCCUUUGGAGCCGAGGUUGGCCGCGAGCGCAGCAGCAUCCUCGACAGGCUUCGCAAGCCGGGCAGUAUGACGUCCAUCUCGUCGUUCCUCGACCGCAGAAAGAACAGUUCGCACUCCAUCAACGCCAACUUCUUCAAGGGGUCGAGCAACGUCUCCAAGUCGUCGCUCAUCUCCAUCGAAUCCACGCGCAGCUUCAACGCCGAUCUCAACGCUGAUCGGAAUCCCUGGAACGACAGCGGCGUGAACCUUCCCGAUGACGAUCACCCCUGGGCGCCGCGACCCAUCAGCAAGCACAUGGACAACAAGCUGGCCAUUCCGCUACCCGGCGAUGCGACGCCACGCCACGGAGCCCGCGCGUCGGCAGACAGCGGGCGCCCUUCUACUUCCCAUUCUAUCAAUUCUGGAUACCCCGCCCCCGUUGGGCCUUUCCGUUAG